GUCGUGCAGCGAGAGGGAGCGCGAGUCGAGAAGUACAUUACAGUGUGAUCAUUGUCGCUCUGUGUACGCCUAAUAAAGUUUCGCUAGUUUCUUUUUCGUUUUUUUUUUGUUCUCUUAAUCUGUGCUCCAACACUAUUUACACGAUAUUAAUUCACACCAGAUCUACCUUAUUAUAUCUAUUUAUCGCUUUAUUAUAGUUAAUCUUUUUAUUAUCGUAUAAUAACUUGGAGAACUCGUAGAGUUAAAAAAAAAAGAAAAAGAAUAAAUAAAUAAAUAAAUAAAUAAAUAAAUGAAUGAAUGAAUGAAUGAAUGAAUGAAGGAAGGAAAGAAGAAAGAAUUUUAUCGAUCCGUGGAUUCGUGUAAAGAAGAUCGUUAUUCUUUGGUGGGACUCGAAGAAUUUCAUCGUUGGCCAUUUUUCUUUCUGGGACGAUUCGAUAUAUACGAAGAAAGAAGAGAGGAGGACAACUAUAGUUUAUUGACUGUUAUGUAUUAUGGGAAGAAAAAGAAGCAAGAGAGCAAGAGAACGAGAGAAACAGAAAAGACAGAGAAAACGAACAAAUUAAAGAAACGAAGAUUCGAUCGGAUAAGGAUAGUGUCCAACGUGUUGUUGAACUUGAUCACCGGUAUACUUAAUUGGUGCACAGAGAGAGAGAGAAGUUUUCUUUGAUGAGAAUUGGUGGUGAAACUAUUAAGAGGGAUUCGAAGUACGCGCGGGAGAAUUCAGCGGCCAAACUCGUGCUUGUGUUUAACUGUGCCCAAAACCUUGAAUAAGGAUCAAAAGAAGAUUAGCCAAAAAGUAGGGAGACAAAACGAAGGAGUGAGAAGGAUGAUAUAAAUAGACAGAUAGAUAGAGAAAGAGAGAAAAAAAGAAAAGAAAAGAAAAAGAAUUCGUCAGAAAUAAUCCUAAGAGGAAUUAAAAUCCCCAUAUCAAAACGUCGAUCUGAAUAGUCGACGAUCCCGGUCGACUACGAAGGACAAAAAGUGACGGGAAAAAAGAGAAGAAAAAAGAAAAAGAAAAAGAAAAAGAAAACCAAAAAAAAGAAAGGGAGAAUAAUACUUUCCGGCAUAUUCGAUAUAUAUACACGUUAUACAUAAAAAAAAAAGAAAGAGAAGAGAAUAAAAAAGAAAGAAGAAAAAAGAAAUUGAAGAAAGAUACGCUGCGAUCUGGACUGUAAAAUGUGAAAAUGUUUCGUUCGAAAGUUGAAAAUACUUAAAAAAAAAAAAAAAUAGAAGAGAAAGAGAGAAAGAAAGAAAGAAAAAAAAACGUGUGAAAUUGACGAUCAAAAAGAGAAGACGUGGAUAGAGAUAAAAAAAAAGAUAGAAAGAGAGAGAGAGAGAGAGAGAGAGAGAGAGAACGUGUAGUGGGGGUAGGUGAGGGGUGGGAAACGUGUUAAGGUGGGACGGUGCGAGGGUGGAGUAGAGAAGGUGGAAGUUUGAAAAAAAAGGGGGGGAAGAAAGUGGAUGUGAGUUAAGUAAGUAAUGUGAAAUGGAUGGUACGCCAAGGACAGUCAAAGCAGUUCUAAUAUAUGGAUGCCCAUGGGUGGAAUUUGGCCGAGAUGUGCCAACGCUACCAUCACGGUAUACCAACGGUCCAAAGUUCUUCGCCAGCUAGGGAUCCCUCGGCUGCCAUUGUGCAGCCAUUGCCGACCCCAUCGCACAUCGAACAGGCUAACAAUCCAUCUUAUUCUCAUUACACGAUGCUGGAUAAUUAUGACAGGGGCGAGGUGACACCACCACCGGUUAGCAGUUAUGGCGGCUCACCUGGACUCUUGGCACUUCAUUCCUCGCUUUAUGCUACACCCACGUCUAGAACCUACGACAUCGAUACCAAUAUCGAUACCAACGACUCGACGGCCAUGCCUAUCGAUACCCAAAUCAUUUCGAUACCAGGGAUGUUGAGCGGACCGGCACAGCAACGUUUGGAAGAUAUGUCCUGGUUAGCAUCGGGACCAUCCUUAGAUUAUCAACAAGGAAUCUCACCGAUUCCCACAGGAGUGAAGAUGUGCCAUCCUGGCAGUACAGCGCAACGUAGCCUGAAGGAACAACGGAUACGUCGUCCGAUGAACGCCUUCAUGGUCUGGGCAAAGGUCGAGCGCAAGAAAUUGGCCGACGAGAAUCCUGAUCUUCACAACGCCGAUCUAAGCAAGAUGCUUGGAAAAAAAUGGCGGGGACUGACGCCACAGGACAGAAGGCCCUACGUCGAGGAAGCUGAGAGACUCAGGGUUAUACACAUGCAAGAACAUCCAAAUUACAAAUACAGACCAAGACGUAGGAAACACGCUAAACGAGCACCCGGUGCACCUUCCUCCCCUCCCACUGCCAGCAAUGCUACCAGCAGUAGGUCUAACCCUACCAACGCUACCAUUCAUCAUUCCAUGUCUAAGAUGGAGAGUUAUCAAGGAAUCCCACAGAUCCCAUGGGGUGGCCAUUCCCCGAUCUCGUCGUUGUAUCAUCAACAACAGCAGCAGGGUAUCCAGGAAUACAAAUCGGAAAAUAAUUCAUUAUACGGUAGCCCGUACACGCCUAUCAUCCAUACACCGGACAUAUCACCAGUUGGCAGUCCUGAACCCGACGGUGAGGGAACGCACCUACCGCCCACGCAAAAUCCUGAUCCAGAACGGGAUCUUAUGGAAGGUACCUCGAAACAACAUGGGGAUAUGAACGAUCAAACGAAACGGUACACAUUCAUGAGUACCGACAAUCAGGUUCAUGGGCCACAUAAUGUUGUUACCAGCAUAACUUCAUGUCAAAAUUCAGCGAGUUAUACGGACACGUUGACUUAUAAGAAAUCGGUUAGUUAUUUGAACUUCGAAAGGCAAACGUCGAGCAUAGCAGCAGUUGGUAUAGCAAAUGGCAUGAUGGUAUCGUGCAACAAGCUUCGUUCUGGUUUCGAAAACGUCGGUUCGGUCACUGGGACGUUUUAUCCGCCCGUUGCCUCUCCCCACGAGCAAUCCUUGCAACAUUACGCAAGUAGCCAGUCCUCGAAAUCAGGAAACUAUUCAAUGCAGUCAGCUGUCGAGAGCAACUACACUUCUGUACAAUGUAGCAACAGGCAACAGACUAUGGGUAUACGCGGGACAGCUGAGGGUUGUUCAGCUGUCAGUCCAAGAUAUCAAAUGUCUCAGCAUCAUCAGGAUUAUCAAACUGAUACGACAAAUGCUCCGCAUGAUCAACAACAGCAACAACAGCAACAACAACAACAACAGCAGCAACAACAACAACAGCAACAAAUUAUUAGUCAUAUGGAUCCAACUGGUAUGUCAUCUUCGAACGAGGAGGAUCAACAACAACAACAACAGCAACAACAACAGCAACAGCAACAACAACAGCAACAGCAAAGUUUGCAAUUAGAAAAAUACUUCAAGUAUUCUCAUCCAACCAGCGCUGGUCAUUCCAAUCUUAGAUCACAAAAUUUGCUGGACAGUAAUCACAAUUAUGCUAGUGAUUUGCGUUAUUACGAUCUUGAACAACAACAACAACAACAGCAGCAACAACAAUCACAAUUCGACAUAUCGAAUUCUCACUGCAUCGUCGAAGAUCAAAACAAAGAUGGUAGGUGUACUAGUAUGGGGAUUGCCCAUGGUAUGGAACAAUAUCAUGGUGGUAUGACAAUUGGCAAGUAUCAGGAACAUUCCGCACAUCCACAACAACAACAACAACCACCGCAACCUCAACAACCACAACCAUCGCAACAAUCACAACAACAUACACAAAAUAUUGAGAGCGCAACUAAAGCUGAAGAUGACUUCAGUAUGAUUUUGGCAAAUGUAAGAAAGACUUGUUACAGCAGCUAGUAACUAUUCUUUGUCCCUUUUUUUAUCGUCCAUGAAGGGACCCCGUUUAUGGUUAUAAAGAAAAAGAAAAAAAAAAGAAAAACGCAGAACGAAGCGGAACGAAAUAUAAUUAAAAAAUAAAAAAAUAAAAAAACUAAAAAAAUUAAAAAAAAAGGGAAGAAAAACGGG